CGUGACUCCCGUUGAUGAAGAAACAUCAAUUCUUGGCUCACAGCACGGCUUACCUCUGUGGAGAUUGCCACUGAGACAAAAGGCUGGAAAUGUUGCUGCAGGAUAAGGGUGGAUAAGGCAAAUAUGAACGUGCACAAACACACACACCCCCCCCAGUGCUGCAGGCGUACAUAUAAGCGUGGUUGCCACCUGAGGACAGAAUCCAGGCUGUGUUUCCUGAGCAAAAGCCAAGCUCUGCUGCUCACAGCUGAUCCAGCCACCAUGAAGACCACAGGGCUGCUGCUGCUGCUCUCUCUGGCCCUGUUCUGCAUCUCAGUUCCAGCUACUGAUGCGCUGCAGGCUGCACCCAUCUACUGCAGGAACCAGAGGACUCUGAGGAAUAUGUGUUCCAUGGAGUAUAUGCCCCACUGCGGCUCUGAUGGUGUCACCUACCCCAACAAAUGCAUGUUCUGCAAUGCAUACCUGAGAAGCCGUGGAGAUCUUGGUUUGAGAUCUCUUAAUGCCUGUUAAGUUCUCGAUGGAAUUCAGCUGAGAAAGCUGGUGAUGUUCCCCAUGGCAGAUGACUUCCUAAACCCUUGACCUGACCCUUGAAAACCUCUUAUCAAUCCUGAAACCCCUGCUAAUAAAAAAAAAAGACCUAGCA